UCUGCAUCAGUCAGGAUGAAGAUCAGCAUGAACUGAAACAGGAGACUGAGACCUUUAUGGUGACGAUAUUUAGUGAGGAAAAAUACAAUAAAGAACCAGAACCAGAUGGAAACAAACAUGACAACCAGGAUCAGGAAAAAUUGGAUAGAGAUGAAGAGUUGAAACAAAAUCAGAAAACCACAAAUAAGUCAAAACGAAAAGGACACAAAAAGAUGCACCGAGAUAAAAACCUGUAUUUUUGCAACAUUUGUGAAAAAUGUUUUUCUACUAGUAGCAACUUGAAUAUGCAUUUGAAAAUUCACACAGGUGAGAAGCCUCACUCAUGCCUGACCUGCGGAAAAAGCUUCAGUCAAAGAUGUCAUAUAAAGCUACACACCAGAAUUCACUCAGGGGAAAAGCCUUUCUCAUGUGUGAUCUGUGGAAGCAGUUACAGUCAAAAUCAUUUUCUAACUUGUCACAUGAAAGUUCACACGGGUGAGAAGCCUUUUCUAUGUCUAACAUGUGGCAAAAGUUUCACCAUGAAAACUCUUCUGAAUAAGCACCAGAGAACUCACACAGGUGAGCGACCGUUCUCAUGUGAUGAUUGCGGCAAAGGUUUUACUCAAAAAUCCCAUCUAACAUAUCACUUCAGAACUCACACGGGAGAGAAGCCUUUCCCAUGCAGUACUUGUCGAAAAAGUUUCAGCCUCAAAAUAACUUUAAGUAGGCACAUGAGAAUCCACAUUGUUGAGAGGCCUUUUCAAUGUUUGACGUGUGGGAAAAGCUUCAAUGAGGAACAGCAGCUAACGCUCCACAUGAGCAACCAUGCGGGUGAAAAACCUUUCCAAUGUGUGACCUGUGGAGAAAGAGAAAGUAAUCCUAAAAGAAAAUUUAACUGAUCACCUGAGAAGCCACAUAGGUGAAAAUCCCUUCUUAUGCAUGAUCUGCGGAAAAGGUUUCAGUCUACUGAGUGA